AAGGUUCUCUCUGAGCAACUCUGGUGCUUUUGUCCAUGGAGGGAGCUAAUUCUACUGUGGUUUCUGAAUUUGUGUUGCUGGGGCUCUCCAGUUCUCAAGAGCUUCAGCUUUUCUUUUUCAUCUUCUUCUCCUUGUUGUAUGGGCUGAUUAUCCUGGGCAACCUUCUAAUCAUCAUUACAGUGACCUUUGAUGCUCACCUGCACUCGCCCAUGUACUUCCUGCUUGGAAAUCUGUCUUUUGUUGAUAUCUGUCAGUCAUCUUUUGCUACUCCGAAGAUGAUUGCAGAUUUUCUGAAUGAACACAAGACCAUAUCCUUCAAUGGCUGCAUAGCCCAGAUUUUCUUUAUUCACCUUUUCACUGGUGGUGAGAUGGUGCUGCUGGUCUCCAUGGCUUAUGAUAGGUACGUGGCCAUCUGCAAACCUCUACACUAUGUGACCAUCAUGAACCAGAACGUCUGCAUUGCUUUAGUAUUAAUCUCUUGGGCUGUUGGUUUUGUGCAUACCAUGAGCCAAUUGUCAUUCACUGUGAAUUUGCCUUUUUGUGGCCCCAAUGUGGUAGAUAGCUUUUUUUGUGACCUUCCUAGAGUGACCAAGCUUGCCUGCCUUGACUCCUAUACAAUAGAAAUAUUAAUUGUUGUCAAUAGUGGGAUUCUCUCCUUAAGCACUUUCUUCCUUUUAUUGAUUUCAUAUAUAGUCAUUCUGCUUACUGUCAGGUAUAAGUCUUCUGCUGCAAUGGCUAAGGCACUUUCCACCCUGAGUGCUCACAUCAUGGUUGUGAUCUUGUUUUUCGGGCCCUGCAUCUUUAUCUAUGUGUGGCCUUUCACCACCUACCCAGUGGAUAAAGUCCUCGCCAUAUUUUACACCAUUUUCACCCCUAUCUUGAAUCCCAUUAUUUACACAUUAAGGAACAAAGACAUGAAGGCUGCCAUGAGGAAACUUAUGACUCGAAACUUGAAGCCCAAGAAGAUUUCUGAGAUGUCCCUCAUGAUGAGAUCCUCACUUUAUUGA